AGCGGGGAUAACCCCGGGAAAACUGACGUAACCAAACGGAACUCCCCUCACCCACAACAUACAUCCAGAAGACUUAAUGCACAGCCGGUGGAGGCUGCGGUGAGAGAUAACAAGCUACCGGAGAUGGUUUCAUUUGUCAACGGUGAAUGUGGCUCCGAGACUGUUAACAAACGGAGACGGACAACCGGCACUUCACCUCCAACAGAAGCGCACACAAUGGUCCGGCAGCGGCACACUGCCCGGCACAGAAAGCAGACACUCAUGUCCAAGUUGAGUGACUCCGGUUUUGAGGAAGACUUGGGGUCCUCCCCGAUUUUAUCCCCGGAGCGGAUAGAUGUGUCCCCUCUCCGUUCAGACGAGCCUCCUGCAGGACAGCUGUCCAACUGGUACCUCCAAUACGGGGACAUCGGUUUCAAGAUCCAGAGGGAGAAAGAGGCGCAGUUUCAUUCCUGCAAAAGCUUGGCACGCCAGCCACAACUGACUGCAGAGGCCCGGUGUAGGCUCGUCAGCUGGCUCAUCCCUGUACACAAACAUUUCCGUCUGUCCUUUGAGUGCUGCUGCUUGGCAGUAAACAUCAUGGACAGAUUCAUGGCAUCCACACCGGUGGCUGCUGACUGCUUCCAGUUACUGGGUGUAACUGCACUCCUGCUAGCCUGCAAACAGGUGGAGGUGUGCUCGCCGCGGAUCAGCCAUCUCUUGUCAUUGUGCUGUGAUGCCUUCACUAAGGAGCAACUCUGCAACCUGGAGUGUCUCAUCCUCCUCCGUCUAAACUUCCGCCUCGCUGCACCCACCCUGGCCUUUUUCCUGGACUAUUAUACCAACUGCAUUGAGGCUGCCCACUUUGAGACUGAGAACACAAGUGGUGACAGGUUUACAAUAAUGAAUCCAGACACAAACAGACCACAGCAGCGCAGCAACCUCGCACAAAAGGUGUGCGAGUUGAGUCUAGCAGACUAUGCUUUCAACAAAUACCCACCAUCUCUGACUGCUAGCUGUGCACUGAGGAUAGCCAGUGAGUUACUGAAAACUGAACAAGCGCUUGUUGAGCAUGCAACCACCCAGUUACCGGUAGACCAGUGGGGCAGAAUUGUGGAUGAACAAUGUUCACAGCCAUCUGAGAGCCCUCAGAUUUCUGAGACCGACCCUCUGGCAGUAAAGGCCCACUUCCUGUCUGUGAGUCAGGGGAGCUACAACCACAAUCUGGCCCAGGAAUGCAAAGACAACCUGAGUCUGUUGGUGUCAUUAAACCAGGAGACAUUGGAAGUGAUGUAUAUGUGACUACAACUAUGCCACUAUUCAGAUGUUAGCAAAAUGCCAAAUUUCUGUCCACUGGGGAUUUUAUUGUUGGGGUUAUUUAAAGGGGAUGUUCAGAAGUUAUGUCUGGUGCAAACCUAUCUAGACCUCAUUAAACCCUUGUGUUGUCAUCACGUCAAAAUUGAAAAUCAACAAUUUUGUUGAUGCUUUUUAUCAGUGUUUUUAACUUUUUCGCACGUUUUUGUCCCUUUUUCAACACCCACUCCCUUUUGUCACUUUUUUGACGUUUUCACGUAAUACUAACUUAUUAACUUUUUGGAAUUCAUGGUCAAUAAAUAAGGAAGUUAUACCUAAUGUCUGAGUUAGAAAAGCAGAAAUUAGGAAUUAUUUAGACUAAAAUUAAAGGAAUGGAUGCUGAUGGAUAAUAACAGACUUCACAGUCAACUUUUACUCAAUACUAUUUCAAAACCACUUCAAUUUUUUUUUUAAAUGCUAUAAAAUUGAAUAAGACAACCCAAAAUUACCCAAAAGAGCGUUGUGUGGAAUCAGUCAUGUUAUUUUGGGACAUGGGUAGUUAAAAAGAACAUUGAAAUAGGAAAAACGGGUCAGUUUGACCCGAGGACAACAUGAGUGUUAUGCCUUAGAGACAAUCAGUUGCUUGAACUAAGUGAAUGUUUCACAACUUAGCAUAUUUUUAUUUAUUUUACUGAUAGCUAUUGUUUAUCAAUGAAGUACAUUAAUAUAUUUUGGUUAUUUUAAUUUAUUCUAAAUUAAAUUCAUUAUUUACUGUUUAUGCACUGACUUGCUGAAAGUUUACGAGAUAUGUUAUUGUUGCAAACUCUUAAAUGAAGGA